CUACUCUUAUCUUCUUCGGAUUGAAGGGCUGAGAUUGAGUCCAUUUGAUUGAUAUAUAAGCUAAUUCUUUGCAGUUAGUUGAAAUAGUUUUUCAUUAUCAGUUUACAACACGAGGAGAGAGAGAAGAAUUGGAGAGGAAAGUGAGAUAGAGCUUGCGAUUGCUUCUAUGAUUUCUGCCUAUUAUUCUCAUUGUAUUGUAUCUGCACUUUGUUGAUCUGUGAAUAAAACGUUUCUUGAAUUUCUUUCAUUGCUCAUCAAGAGUGUUGUGAGCUGAUUUGGUAGCUGGUUUUCUUGAGUGUGUUGCUGCCGCUGCGUUGAUUGUUGAUUCUUGGAGCUGAGAUCCAACAAUGAUUUAUUGCUUAAGCCAACACCUAAUUUAAUUUGAUCAAAAUUUAGCAGUUAUCAUUAUGGCAGCGGAGGCGGCGAUCUCAUCUUUGGUCGAACUACUGGGCGAUCAGCUCAUCCAGAAGGUUAAAUUCCUGCGAGGCGUCGAGGGAAAGGUGGAUUUGCUGAGAGAGGAGCUGAAGAGGAUGCAAUCCUUUCUCAAAGACGCCAACAAAAAGCAAUUUGAAGACGAGAGCGUGCGCAAUUGGAUCUCGGAGAUUAGAGAGUUAGCUCAAGAUGCCCAAGAUACCAUCGAGAUCUUCCUUCUCAAUGUUGAGAGUGCCAAGAAUUGGGGGCUCUUCAAAAGAUGUACAAGCUCGCCGAAGCGUAUGUACCACCUCGACAGAAUUGGGGAUGAGAUUGAGUCGAUCCGAGCUAGGCUUGAUGCCAUUGACAAAAGCCGCGAGAGGUACGGGAUCAAGGAUCUCGGAGAGGCGGCCGAGUCGGCAUCGAGAUGGGAAGUUGAAUUGCGGCGGCGGUUGUGCCCUUGGCAAAAAGACGAACACCUUGUGGGCGUUAAAGAUGAUGUGGAAAAGCUGCUGCAAGAAUCGAUUUUGUGUGAGGAGAAGAAAGGGCUUUCCAUUGCGGUGUUAGAGGGCAUGGGUGGGAUCGGGAAAUCCACACUUGCCCGGGAAAUAUACAACCACCCCGACGUCGUUUAUGGUCCAUUUGAUCACCGUGGUUGGGUUGUGGUGUCGAGUGAAUUUACACCACACGAGACGAUCAAGCAGCUUAUCUUCGAGCUGUCGGACUCUGACAAACAAAAGGUGCGUGAAUUGGAGGAGUCAACCAAGGACAAGCUAUAUCUCCUACAAAAGCUUCAAGAAAUGCUUUAUAAGAAAUUGGAGGGAAAAUCAUAUUUGAUAGUUCUGGAUGAUGUUUGGGAGAAGGAACAUUUGGAAUCUCUCAUCACUGCUUUCCCAGAUCAACAAGAUAAAGCGAGUAGAUUGUUGGUUACCACCCGCAACAAGAUUAUUGCAAAGUAUGAUCAAUACGUCCACAAAAUGAGUCUCUUAGACUCCAAAAAAAGUUGGGAAUUGUUGUUGAAGAAGGCAUUCAUUGGCAGCACAAUUGGCAAAUGUCCAGACGAAUUCGAGAGUGUGGGCACACAAAUCUUGCAAAAAUGCGAUGGUCUACCAUUAGCUAUCAGUGUGGUAGGAGGCUUACUCAGGCAAACACAAACCAAGAAUGGAUGGGAACAAGUUCUUACCCAAUUAAACUCUUAUUUGGGAAGGACCGAAAGCGGCGUAUCAACAAUUUUGGAGUUGAGUUAUCAGAACUUGUCUCCCCAACUAAAAUCAUGCUUCUUGUGCCUAGCCUUUUUCAAAGAAGACUUUACUAUCCCAACAAAAAGGCUAGUAAAGCUAUGGGAUGCACAAGGCUUGAUCCAACAGGAAGGAAGUAGAAGUAUUGAUGAGAUAGGAAGAGGUUAUUUAAAUGAGCUGAUCAAUCGAAGCAUGGUUAGAAUUCAAGAUCUACACGUCAAUGAUCAAGUCAUAAGUUGUCACAUCCAUGAUCUUGUCCGUGACGUUUGCUUAAGAAAAGCAAAGGAGGAAAUAGGUUUGGAGAUAGUAAAGGGGGACGGAGGGAUGUCAUCAGAAUCAUCCAAUAAGCCUCGCCAUCGUGUUGUCUAUGCCAAAAAUCUUGAGACUUCCUCGUCGAAUCAAAAUAAGCAUGUACGCUCUCUUUUCCUACUUAACGUCCAUGAUGAUUAUAGAUUUAUAACCACUCCACCUCAUUACUGGAAGGGCUAUCAACUCCUUAAGACAGUCGAGAUUGAAGCCACUGCCUUCAAAAGAUUUCCCAACUCUUUUCGGUUAUUGAUUGGAUUGAAGUGCUUGAGAAUAUACGCAUGUUUUGAAGCCUGCAUAAAACUCCCAUGCUGGUUUGAUCAUCUUAGAAACCUCGAGGUUGUUGACAUGAAACUGUGCUGGGUAUAUUUUCCAAGACUUGUUUCAUUGAAAAUGGACAAGCUACGUUACUUCAUCAGCGGAGCUAUUGGCCGUGGACCGACAAAUAAAAACAUGUGGAAUAAAAAUAUUGAGUGUUUGAGAGGAAUAAGUCACAAGGAUUGGAUGAAGUCAACUCUAACGAGUAGUUGCCAUCUUCGUGAAUUAGGCAUACAGUUAAGAGAAGGACGGAUAAAGCGUGAAGAGUUGAUCAAAGCGAGAGCGUCAUUGGAGAAGAUGCAGAAUCUUGUCAUACUUCACUUAGAAUGGUCGUAUGGAUAUGCUACUGACAUAGCAUUAGUUGUGCCGCAGCUCGCCAAUCUCACCAAACUUAAACUGUAUGGUAAGAUGUCCAAAUGUCCAACUGCGACUAUGUUCCCUCCAAAUCUUUCUCACCUCACAUUGACGAGUUCCCAGCUACAUGAUGAUCCGAUGGCAGAGCUGGGUAAGCUUCCAAAGCUUUUAUUUCUCAAGAUACAGUAUAAAGUUUACUUGGGUGAAACGAUGCUAGUUUUGUGCGACGGGUUCCCCAGCCUCGAAGCCCUGGUCCUUCGAGUUUUGCAUGAACUGAAGAGCGUCAUCAUAGAAGAAGGUGGAAUGCCGAAGCUCAAACAUCUCCGAAUCCGUGGAUGCCGCAAUCUGAACACUGGGAAUCUACCGCAACACAUCAACAUAUUUACUCAAUAAACUGAUCAAGUUUACUUUACUCAUCUUCUGUUAUUCUUGUGUCUAUGUGUAACAAGAAAUGGAGUGUCUUGUGUUUGUUGAAACAUUAAUUUGUGUUCUAUACACUUUUGCACAUUGAUUAAGGAAAAUUUAUUUUUCCCAAA